AUUCCUCGGCGUGACUUCCACAACGUUACACGGUGAUUAGUGCGGAGGAGUAACUGGAAGAUUUUUUUUUGUUUUUAGUAACUUUUGCAUCCUAUCAUGAAUUCCUUCGAAGAGAGAUUUGCAUAUUCAUUACAUUUUGAAGGAGCUGAAUCAGAUGAAGACCGACUGAAAAAGUGCAUCGAUCAACUAUUCCGAAUCCCUCUAAUAAUUGAAGAUACAAGAUCCACAGAUAACGCUGAAAUGUAUGAUGCUUUGGCAAGUAGAGCCAAAUUGCGCGGGGAUUAUGAAGUGGCUGUCAACUUUUAUACGAAAGCAUUACAAGAGGUCUUCCCGUACAGCGAAUUGUCUGCAAUAUUAUACUCAAAUCGUGCUAAGGCCUUAGGAUGCCUUCAAAUGUACGAAGAGAGUUUAAUAGAUAUCGAUAGGGCGAUCGAAAUUUCUCCCAAUACCGAAUUCACCAAGCAUUUCAAUGAUACAAAAAUGGAUUUGAAAAAAAAAGCUUCUCGUCCGCAUACGAAACAAAAUAACAGAAAUCACUUCGAGGAUAUACCAUCGCUAUCGCACAACGAAAACAAAGAUAUUCCUGGUAUGAGCGAUGCUGUUCGCUUGGUUCAUAGUACAAAAUAUGGUGUAAAUUUUGAAGCGACGAAACCCAUCGGCUCUGGAGACGUCAUUCUAAUCGAGAAACCACAAGUAACGUCUGUACUUAACUCAACUGUCGCUCUUGCACGCGUGUGUCACUAUUGCCUAAACCGGAGCAGGGCAUUACUUCCAUGUGAACGGUGCAAUAGCGCGCUAUAUUGUUCGAAAGAAUGCCGUGCAAAAGCAUACGAAGAAUACCAUCGAUUUCAAUGCAACUCUAAAAACUUUCCAGAUGAUGUUCAAUUUGUAAUAAUCUUGCUUAUGAAGAUUACAGAAAACGGUGAAAAACUUGCAGAAGCCAUUAAAUAUUGCGAGAAGCUCGAUACUAUGAGCGCAGAUUCGAUGAAAGAAUUUCGUACGAUACGUGAUAAUUUGGGAGACAAUUUGAAAUCCGUCCUCAAUUUAAGUAUAUCGAUGAAGGAGAAUGACAAGAAAAAUGCAAAAAAUAUAUUGAUAUCAGCCCAUACUGCUUCAUUCCUACGAAAUCAGACCAAUUAUAUGCGGGGACACAACAAUGUCUUAAGUGUCGCUAAAUUAUUAUUCCGAUUAUUCUACAUCUUCCAUGCACACAUCUUUCUGGAGGAUAUAUCGGUUGACAAAAAUAAUGCAAGUGGAGUUUACAAUCUGUAUUCCUUGCUUAGCUUGUUUCCUCACUCUUGUUGUGCGAAUACAGUGUAUUCGAUACAUAAAAAUGGUGUGAUAGCUAUACGCGCAGCUAAAGACAUGAAACCAGGUGAACAGAUAACUUUUAAUUUUCUACGUACAAGUCGGUCUGUAACUUUCAUAACCGAAUUUAUAUCACGACAAAUAGUCCUACAAGAAGAGAAACGUAUUUUAUGCAAUUGCAUGGUUUGUGAAUAUCAUUAUGAUUUUAAACCUGAGUUUGGUGGGAAAUUAAAAAUACCGAAAGAAUUAGAAAGACGCCUACGCAAAAAGCGAUUCGAUAUGGACAGCUUGUGGGAAUUACUCAAAAUAAUUAACAACGAGAGAAGCCGACCGUGUUUAGAAGCGGAACUCUUGAAAGCUGCCCUUCCAGAUAUCUAUUUGGGAAAGCGGGACACUUUACUGGACGUCCUAUACCGAUUAAUUGGUCUUUCGUAAACGAGUCUUGUUUCUGAUUAUGAUACGAGGAUUCGAACAGAAUGCAUAACAACCUUAAUCUUUCGUAUUUCUAAUGUUCUCUUAAUGUUAUAAUAUUAAUUUUUUACUUC